GGUAACUAGGCGUACAAGGAGCUACCACUACCAGCAACAAGUGUUUAAACACUCUGACACCUGUGUUAUGUAUCUACAUAAUACAUGCAUACAUCUACACACCAGAUUCAUCCCCUUUUAUGUUGUCUAAUAUAUUUUAUUAUUAUUAUUAUUUCAUAAAUAAAUAUAUAUAUAUCUUGCUGCAUUUGCCAAGUCUCACCAACAUACAAUAAGCUCUUUGUUUUUCUACUCUCCAUCUCUCUGUUUUUGCCCUGUGGGUUUUUUCUGAUGCAAUCAGUGUUUCCAGUUGAAGAUCAAUUUGUGUGCUUUGUUUACUUGCUUCAUCUCAUUAGCUUUUUGGGUCUAAGUCCACAGUUUUCUCUUACAGAUCAGCUAUGCCUGCUCUCAUCAACUACAGAAGAGGGGAUGAUGAAUUUUACUCUGCAGGGUCAGCUUGUUGUGCUGAUUCAGCUCUUUUCUUCUCGACUAAUUCCAAUGUGCAUAAUGUUUAUGGACCAUCCCGGAAGAGGGCACGCAUCACCAGCCCAUUUGCUUUUGAUGGUCAUAUGUUUGAGACAGAGAAACCUUCUAUCGAAAUUCUCCCUGAUGAGUGCCUGUUUGAGAUCUUCAGGCACUUGCCAGGAGGCCAAGAGAGGAGUGCUGCUGCUUGUGUGUCGAAGCACUGGCUCAUGCUCCUGAGCAGUAUCAGAAAUUCUGAAAUUUACCAAAAGCAAGAAGUAUGUGAGCCUACUCAAGAUAUAGAUAUGGUUUCCGCGGAUGAAACUAAAGAAGAUAGUUGUGAUGGUUAUCUUACUAGAUGCGUAGAAGGAAAGAAGGCGACAGAUAUUAGACUUGCUGCUAUUGCAGUGGGAACAGCCACUCGUGGGGGACUUGGCAAGCUUUCAAUCCGGGGAAGCAACUCUACUCGAGGAGUUACUGACCUGGGGCUCUCAGCAAUUGCUCACGGCUGCCCUUCUCUUAGAGUUCUAUCGUUAUGGAAUGUCCCUCUCAUGGGGGAUGAGGGUUUACUGAAGAUAGCUAAGGAAUGCCACCUGCUAGAAAAGCUUGAUCUUAGUGAAUGUCCUUCAGUUUCUAACAAGGGCAUUAUUGCAGUUGCAGAAAACUGUCCCAAUUUGACUGCAAUUACAAUUGAAUCUUGUCCAAGAAUAGGAAAUGAGAGUCUCAAGGCAAUUGGGCUGUGCUGUCCUAAUCUGCAGUCAAUCACAGUUAAAAACUGCCCUCUUGUUGGGGAUCAGGGAGUGGCUAGUCUUUUGUCCUCUGCCUCAGCUGUUUUGUCAAAGGUCAAGUUUCAGGCUUUGAGUAUCACAGAUUUCUCUCUUGCUGUGAUUGGGCACUAUGGAAAGGCCAUUACCAAUCUUGUUCUUGGAGGACUCGAGAGGGUGAGUCAGAAAGGUUUUUGGGCAUUGGGUAGCGCUGGGGGGCUGCUGUCUCUUGAAUCCUUGUUGAUCACUUCUUGUGGAGGAACAACAGAUGUGAGUCUUGAAGCCAUUGGAAAAGGUUGCCCAAAUCUGAAACACAUGUCCCUAAAGAAGUGUUGCUUUGUGUCAGAUAGUGGGUUGGUAGCGUUUGUGAAAGUUGCGGGAUCUCUUAAGAGCUUGCAUUUGGAGGAGUGCAACAGAAUUACACAAUCCGGCAUAUUAGGUGCACUUUCAAAUUGUGUAUCAAAGUUAAAGUCUUUAGCUUUACUGAAGUGCAUGGGGAUCAAGGAUUUAGGUCUGGAAAAUCCUGUUUCUUCUCCUUGUGAAUCUCUUCGAUCCUUGACCAUCCAGAACUGUUUGGGGUUUGGUAGUGCUAGCUUGGCUGUUCUGGGAAAAUUGUGUCCUCAGCUACAUCACUUAGACUUGAGUGGGCUCUGUGCAAUAACAGAUACUGGCCUUCUACCAUUGCUGGAGUUCUGUGAGGAUGGACUUGUGAAGGUGAAUUUGAGUGACUGUCUCAAUUUGACAGACAAGGUGGUUGUUGAUUUGGCAAGGUUGCAUGGUGAAACCCUCGAAGUGCUGAAUCUCACGGGGUGCAGAAAGAUUACUGAUGAGAGCUUGGCAGCCAUUGCAGACAACUGCUUGUUACUCAACGAUCUUGACAUAUCAAAGUGUUCAGUCACUGAUGCCGGAGUUGCUGCUUUAUCCAGGGGUGUGCAACAUAAUCUGCAGAUCCUUUCCUUGUCCGGUUGUUCUAAUAUCUCAAACAAGAGUAUGCUUUCCCUUGCAGAACUAGGCAAGACGCUAGUAGGGUUGAAUAUUCAGCAAUGCAAUUUAAUCAGCAGCAGUGCCAUUGAGCUGCUUCUGGAAAGUUUGUGGAGAUGUGAUAUUCUCUAUGGAGAUCAUACCCCUUUGCUCAUUUAAAUAUGCAAGUCACGGUGUUACAUGAGGUGACGAAAGCACAGGCACUCUGUGGUAGUUCACAGAAAUUAUCAGUGAGAUCUCAUUACCUCGGUGGAUCAGUUGUUUAAACGAAGACUAUGGCAGAUUGUUUUUUUGUCGCCAAUUUUUAUAGGCUUCCUUGCCAAGAGGAAUGUCUGUUUCGACUUGUUAGUCCCUGAGGCUCAAAUUUUUCACGGCCAUAGUCUUCCGAGAGCGUCUUCACCCUGCUGUGGUUUGAGGUCUCAACUAGUGGUACUGAAGGAUCUGCAGUAUAAGCCUAGUGUUUGUUUUCUUCGGUCCUUGUUCUUGUCUUACAAUUGAUUCUGGCCAUUUCUAUGAGCAGCACGGGGUUCAGUUCCAGGGGCUUUGGAGAUGGCAACAAGUCCUUUUAUUGCCGUCACAACCUUCUGGGGUUGUUUUUUAAACCAAGUCCCUGUUUUUUUAUAGGAUAUCUUGUCCUAUUUUCAUGGGCCUCUUGCUGCUGGUUUAGUGGUCAAUAAUGAAUUAAUUGUAUUGUGCAUUUGUGCUUCCCUCUGUAACUUGAUGAUCUGUAUACCAUUAUGCAACUUUAGUACUGUAAUUAGUAUGUAUCCUGUACAAUUUGGCCAGUGAAUCAAUAUGCGUUUAGUUUUUGAAGGUA